CCAAGAAACAGCUGUUCAGACUCUGCCGCAUUUAAUCAAACAAAUUUACAAUAGUAAUCUGAAACAAAUGCUCAGGAAUACACUGCAUUUAAUCGCCCUGGGUGGGCGUCAAGCUCCAGUACAACGGUCGCUUCUCACCUGCCCCAGCAGACUGUUGCCGGUAGAGAAGCAGCCGCAGCAAAUACAGAGCGGCUGGCUGCAGGCGCGCUGUUAUGCAAAAGGCAAGGACAAAAAGAAGGAGAAAGGCGGCAAAAGCAAGGCGGGAAAAGUGGAGAUCAACGAGCAGCAGCUGCGAGAGAUUAUCAACUUAGACAGCCUCAACACACAGAUGGAAAGGUCGGUGCAGCAGAUGAAGGAGGACUUUAUCAAGCACCUGUCGCUGCGCUCUACCAGCGGAGCCAUUGACACGCUGCGCAUCAAGGUGGACGGCGAUGAGCACGAGCUGCAGGAGCUCGCACAGAUAUCACGAAAGAAUCCCAAGACGAUUAUUAUCAACAUGAUUGCCUUUCCACAAACCAUUCCCGACGUGCUGAGGGCCAUCGAGAGGAGCGGCAUGAACCUGAAUCCCCAGCAGGACGGCACAACUUUGUUCAUACCCAUACCCAAGGUGACCAAGGAGCACCGCGAGAAUCUGUCCAAGAACGCCAAGGCUCUGUUCGUCAAGUACCGCGAUGCCAUACGAAACGUUCAGAAUGAGCACAUUCGCAAGCUGAAGAAGCAGGCGGACGUUGGCAAAGAUGAUGCCUUUGCUGUCCAGACCCAGGUCACGGCCAUUGCGGAUAAGUUCAUUGCCGAAGCGGACAAGCUGCUGGCCAGCAAGCAGAAGGAACUGCUUGGCGAUAACUAAGACUGAUUGAUGUGUUUUCGAGCCCGUUUCGCUGAUUUAAAAACAAAAUAAACUAUUAGCAUUUGUUAC